AUGUCUGCUGAAAAUACUGAGCGACCCAAGAACGCGGUUCGUGUGGGAUUUCAUGGUUCAAAGUUCCUCUACGUCGAUAUUACCAAGCACCUGUUACAUGAUGGCGAAAAGGAGGUGAGCGUUUCUGCCCUUGGAAAGGCCAUUAAUGAAGCCGUUUCAGUCGUUGAAAUGCUAAAGGACCAACAAAUGGUUGUUGUGAAGAAAAUUAAUACUUCACGCGGGGGAGGUGAGGGCGCGAGGAACAACACUGUCGACAAGAUUGAAAUUGUUGUCACAAAGGCGCCCGGGUUCAACGAAAAGUAUGAAGAGCAGCAAAAGAUUCGAGAAACGAAGAAACUUGAGAAGGAAGGAAAUGAAAAUGCUGUAAAGUGA